CCACACAUGGUAGCCGUUGGCUGAGGGGGUGGAGCGCGGAGGGCUGAGCGUCGGCGGGUGGUUGCCCGUACUGGACCGUUCGGUCGCUUGCGAGAUGCGGAGUCGGACGUCGACGUGCGCAGGACAACAGACGGAGCCGCUUCGGGCAGUGCGCACCUCAACGGUCGAAUUUCAAAAGGAAGGCGGGCGUGUUCGUCGUCUUCUGUGGUGGUUGUCCGCAUAUGAAGGUCGAGUGCCCCUGUCGCGGGCAUGUCGGAACACACAUCUGCAGUGGUCACGUGCAAGGGCGGUUGCAGAGGUGAAUUUCAUGGCUGACGUGCGGAGGAGAUUGCCUCUGCUGGUACUCGCUGUCGUCGUCUCCCUGAUUGUCGUCUUCCUCAACGUGUGUUUUUCGUGGCGGCCGUGGAAACAACAACGCAAGAGGAGGGCUUCGACGAGACGGGCGGCAGGCGAACGUCUAAUGGCGGGCAUGCAGGCACGACAGGCUGCUGCCGCAAGUCAGGGAGGAGUUCGAUCUUCUGCGGCGGAGCCUCGAAGGCGGUACGACCCAUCCAUGUACACCCAUCUGGAGUUGUGGAACACGUCAUUGCCCCCGUCGGACGAGGAGCCGGAGAAGGAAGAACUUUCGACGUUGCCUCUUGCUAGCAUCUCGACUCAGUUGUGGUCGCAGACGGUGCGAGCAGGCGGGUCGGCUCCCGACGGAGGGGGCGAGUUCACGUCAUUGCUCCAUCAAGGCUUGCGGGACGACGGCGGCGGAGGAGUUGAUCUGAGGUUUGUGUCGUGUUCUGGCGGCGGAAGGGAGGCGAGUCGCACGUUCAUCAUCGACGGAGAUCGUUCGGCACGUGGCGUUGAGCAUGGUGGAAGUCUGCAUACGGAGCAGUCCACACUUUUGAGGGACGAGGGAACGUGCAGAGCGCCGGUACGUCCACGAUCCACUGUGGAGAACAUAACACGUGGAGUGUCGAACAUGCGGGCACACAGCGAUGCAGGCGAAAACGACGUUGGCUUCGGUGACGACGCAGACGAAGGGAUGAGGGAAGACGUGGAAGCGGGGGAUGACGACGACGACGUUCCAAUUCGGCCUUUGGGGAAGACGGCUAGGAGGGGGAAAGGACGUGGCAGAGGUGGUGUCCGUGGUCGAUCCGUUGGCCGUGGAGGCAGAGGCGGCGUAACUGACGACGCCGGGAAGUCUCCGACAUAUGCACCUCGCCGGCUUGUCUCACAAUUACGGGCGGAUGAAGACGAAAGAGUGGAAGUGGGAGGACAUGUCGAAGCGGAUGGCGAAUGCGGGGAGGCCGAAGACGCCGACAACUGCAUGAAGAAGUGGGACAAUCUGUUCCAGAACUACAAGAAAAUUCAGAGGUUUCAGAAUGCCAGCGGGCGGCCAAAUUUUUUCAGGCUGACGAACGAAGAGAGGAAGGAGCACAACUUCAAGUUCUGGAUGGACAGGGCACUGUACAACGAGAUCCACGCAGGCAUGGUGGGGAACCACACGAUUUUCCCUCCCAACGUUGCCGACACCGGCAGUCUGGAUGGGGUGCAGCUGCCCAGGCGAGGAGCGGGUGGCGGGGAGUCUGUUUGUAGUGAGGCGGCCGGUGAAGGCUGCCCUGACGAGCGUUCUUCUGCGAGGGAGUCUGACAACAACGCAGGCAGCGGGGCGGGAGGCGGGAAGCGGAGGAACGCGCGUCAGCAGGCAUUCGAGUCCAUCUCUGAUGUCAUGGAACGCCAUGGCGCACUGAUGUCGUCGACGAUCGAAUCGUCUAGCAAGCGGCAAUGCAGCAUCUCCACGAGGCAAUGCGACAUAUUGGAGCAGGAAGUUGCCGUCCAAAACGCGCACUAUGCGUCGUCCGAUGAGACGCAGAGGAUGAUGUGCCAAGCACUGUUCGAGAUCGCUGCCGCCAUCCGUGGUUGGUCGCAGCCGGCGGAAGAGGACAACGACGAUGAUUUCAUGACGGAGGACGAUCAAGGCGAGGGGACGGCGUCUGCAGGACGGGAGAGUGCCAGGCAGCGUACUCCGGAUCAGAGCGCUUCGAAGAGGAUGUCAACCCCUCCGCCGGAGGCGCAGCAGCUGCGUGUCCGCGAAACGUGGAAAGAGAAGGGUGCUGUGGUGGACCUUGGCGGCGAAGACGACGAGCCUUUGGAGAGACGUCGCCUGCGCAUUGCGACACAAGCGACCACAACGGCGGUGUCGACGGCUCGCGCUGCGGACGACGAAAGGCCGAUCACAGGUGCAGUGCCCUGGACGCCGUCUCAGCCGCAUCAGUGCAACAACGGUGGUGACGGUGCGUCUCGCCAACGAGGUGGUGGUGGGGGAGUCGUGGCAGACGCGCGUGCAGCAGGAGGGGAGGCGGCAGGUGGCGCGGGUGUGGCUGAUGCAGGUGUUGUCCCUCCCGUUCCGGCGGCGAGAGAGGAGGUUGCAGUUCCGGCGAUGGUGAGAGAGGAGGGUCGUGGACAGAACACGAACCAACGUGAUGGCGGCGAGGCCGGUUCAAGCCGGGCACACAGGGGAGUAAUGACGAAUGAACUUAUCGACCGUGCGCUUCUUUGGGUGGAUGACAAAUCUUUCUGGACGACGGGUGAAGGGCGCAGACUCUACAACAUCGUCCACGGAACCAAGGAGUACUUCGUCGCCAUCGCCAGCGGGCUUCCGCCACCUCAACUUCCGUGGAGCUUUGUCGUCCCCAAAUCCAGCCCGAGGGUGGCGAGGAUCGUAGACCAAUCACAGCUCCAGCAGGCGAUCUCCCGUGCGGUGGCGGUGGAGAAUAUAGCUCUGCGCAUCUUGCACGGCUGGGUUUUCAAGUCCGGGAACCGCCCAAGGGGGUACAACCUUGCGUUCCAGUACUCGUUGGAGUCCGUAGCGACGGACAUUGCGCGUGCAAUGUGGUACGGAGAGGAGUGGCGCAACGUCGUCAGUGCGCCGAUCUGCGCCCACACGAUAAAUCUCAACAUGGACCUUCCACUGCGGUACGCCGGCGCGAAUAUCGAGGACAAACCCGAGGACGACGACAUGGCUGCGUAUCAGGAGUCCACCGUCAUCAUCAUCGCGCAUUCGUUCCGCGCGGCGGUGGAAAUGGGCGCUCACAUCGACGACGAUUUCAUCUCCUACGAGCGUCUGUGUCGGGUGGCUGAUUGCUUGAGGCUGUUGCUGGCGGCGUCCAUGUGGAUUAUGCGCAUGGCGGGAGACGAUCCACGCAGUCACUACAAAGCGUUUUGCUUCGUGGAUCUCGUCGCCAGGCCGACACUAAUCGCCUCCAUGCAUCGGUCCUUCGAUCAUCGACGAUCCGUCGUCCGCGCCGCGAACGUCGUCACGGAGAGGCUUGGGAAGGCGAAAGUCACGCUCGGAGUGUACCCCGACUACAUCCCUGAUUGGGCACCAUGCGGCAUCGGAUUUGCGCACGACGCGACCAUCAAGGGGCCGGAGGAUGCGAAGAGGCUGGAUUGGUUGGGUUGGGCCCCGCCGAUGAUGACAUCAAAGGCGAAGGAAAAGACGACGCAUAAGGCAGGCUGGUAUGAGAGGGGAGAGCGGGGAGAUAGCGCUUCUAAGAACGAAGGCGCAUGUACGCGUGGCGAGACGUGACGGGCUGUCGUGUGAUUGGAGUGUCAUGUCGUGCGUGUCAUGCAGUGUCCUUGUCUGCGUUUCACUUGUUCUUGUUCUUCGUAUUGGCUUCACGACAUGCAAUAGACAUGCGAUGAUCACGGAUUGAGAGAAUGCAUGACGGGAUCGUAUAGAAGCUUGUUGUACAUGUCAUCCCACCACAACAACACACGAAACCGGUCAUGGAAACGAAAAUGAAGAUAUGCACCAAAAAAAGAUAAAGAUAAUCAACAUUU